CGCAGAUUCAGCCAAUGACCUCUCGCCAACUCUGAGAAGAAAAGAUCGGCUUUUGGAUUUUCCUGACUUAUUUCACACUUUUAGCCGUGAGUCAACCAAAAUGAACACAUUUCUUUCGAGGCUAAACACUGUAUUCGCGUUCACCUUAACUGUACUUGCUGGCCUUACGUUUCUAUGUUUUAUUUCAACUGUUUUUCUCGAUUACCAAGUAAAAGUUGACAUCAGCACACAGAAAGCCUUAGUGCGACAUGUUCCAGAUUUCAGCGUAUCUAGAGAGAAGAAUGAUCUUGGAUUUAUCACUUUCGAUUUAAAGACUGAUUUCAAAAGGCUUUUUAACUGGAACACCAAACAGUUGUUUAUCUAUGUUACAGCGGAAUAUGAGACCCAAACAAAUAAAUUUAAUCAAGUUGUGGUUUGGGAUAAGAUCAUCUUGCGGAGCGACAAUUCCCAGUUGAAUUACCAGGGGAUGAACACCAAAUAUUACUUCUUUGAUGACGGCUCAGGACUGAAGGGUAACAGGAAUAUUAGUCUACAUCUGUCAUGGAAUGUGAUCCCAACUGCAGGAAUCUUACCACUCAUCUCUGGCUCCCAGGACAAAUUCAAGUUCAACUUUCCAGACGCAUACACUCCUAUCAGACAACAAUAGAGAUCAAUAGAUACCACACACCCCUACAGUAAUGGACAACCAUAGAGAUCUAUAGACACCAUACACCCCUAAUAGACAACCAUAGAGAUCUAUAGACACCAUACACCUCUAAUAGACAACCAUAGAGAUCUAUAGACACCAUAAACCCUAAUAGACAACCAUAGAGAUCUAUAGACACCAUAAACCCUAAUAGACAACCAUAGAUAUCUAUAUACACCAUAAACCCCUAAUAGACAACCAUAGAGAUCUAUAGACACCAUAAACCCUAAUAGACAACCAUAGAGAUCUAUAUACACCAUAAACUCCUAUCAGACAACCAUAGAGAUCUAUAGAUACCACACACCCCUAAUAGACAACCAUAGAGAUCUAUAGACACCAUAAACCCCUAAUAGACAACCAUAGAGAUCUAUAGACACCAUAAACCCUAAUAGACAACCAUAGAGAUCUAUAGAUACCAUAUACCCCUAAUAGACAACCAUAGAGAUCUAUAGACACCACACACCCCUAUCAGACAACCAUAGAGAUUUAUAGACACCACACACCCCUAAUAGACAACCAUAGAGAUCUAUAUACACCAUAAACCCUAAUAGACAACCAUAGAGAUCUAUAUACACCAUAAACCCCUAUCAGACAACCAUAGAGAUCUAUAGACACCAUAAACCCUAAUAGACAACCAUAGAGAUCUAUAGAUACCAUAUACCCCUAAUAGACAACCAUAGAGAUCUAUAGAUACCAUACACGCCUAAUAGACAACCAUAGAGAUCUAUAGACACCAUAAACCCUAAUAGACAACCAUAGAGAUCUAUAGAUACCAUAUACCCCUAAUAGACAACCAUAGAGAUCUAUAGACACCACACACCCCUAUCAGACAACCAUAGAGAUUUAUAGACACCACACACCCCUAAUAGACAACCAUAGAGAUCUAUAGAUACCACACACCCCUAAUAGACAACCAUAGAGAUCUAUAAAUACCACACACCCCUAAUAGACAACCAUAGAGAUCUAUAGACACCACACACCUCUAAUAGACAACCAUAGAGAUCUAUAGACACCACACACCCCUACAGUAAUAGACAACCAUAGAGAUCUAUAGACACCACACACCCCUAAUAGACAACCAUAGAGAUCUAUAGACACCAUAAACCCCUAUCAGACAACCAUAGAGAUCUAUAGACACCAUAAACCCUAAUAGACAACCAUAGAGAUCUAUAGAUACCACACACCCCUAAUAGACAACUAUAGAGAUCUAUAGAUACCAUACACCCCUACAGUAAUAGACAACCAUAGAGAUCUAUAGACACCAUAAACCCCUACAGUAAUAGACAACCAUAGAGAUCUAUAGACACCAUACACUGCUAUCAGGGCAACAGAUACAGCUGAAAAAGUAGAUGUCAUUGCUCUGCCUUAACAUAAUAUGGAAUCAAAAUAUACCAAGAUUCA